AUGGACUGUUUACUAGGGUCUUACAGGAGGGAAAAGUCGAGAGAAAAAAAAGCCGAAUCACAGGAUCAUCAGAAUGCAAGUCUGGAUAAUACUCGAAAUGAUGACGGUCAUAACGAAGAAAGAAAUGAAACUUCAAACUCGACGAUAACGGAAGGACCUAAACAAAAGUCAACUAGACCUAAAAAGAGAUCCAAAAUGAACGAAAGUGAUGAUUUUGCUGAUAACGCCAUAUCUGAACACUUUUACAACAAUGUGCAAGCGAUAAAAUAUCGGAAAAAAUGA